GCCGAUAGCAUGCUGCCAGAAACCCAGGUUUCAGCAACCGACUCACGAUACCGAGCUCUUGGAUGGCGAACUUAGUUUCCACUGACCAGCAUUCAGUCAGUUUCACAAAACAAACCACAGCAGCAAAAUCUACCAACAGAAAACAACAAAACCAUGGCGACUUGUUCAAAACUGGUAGCCAAUGAGAGAUACUUCCCAGCCCAAACCACAAAGCACUUUCUGGAAACAACCCAUGAAGUUGUCCAACGAAAGAAAGAUACCCUGUUUUCUUCCUGGUACAAUGAUAAGGGGAUCCUUACCGACACUCGUACGUUUGCAGAGGUUUGGGACCGAGCCGGGAUUAUUGCCUAUCAGCUGAAGGAAAAAUGGAACAUUCCCAAAGGAGGGAAAGUUGUGCUCUGCUAUGACUUUGGACUCCACUUCUUUGAAGUGUUCCUUGGGUGCCUGAGGGCUGGGGUGACUGCUGUUCUUGUGUAUCCACCAGCACCUCCUCUCUCUAAAUCCCUUGACAAGCUUGUAAGAGUUAUUGAUGACUGCAACCCAGCAUUGAUCCUCACAGACACAAGAAUCAAUCGGUGCCGCCAACUAGACAUGAGCAACAUGUUUUCAAAGACUAGGCAGCUCUGGCCAAGUAGCAUUGAGUUUAAAGUCACAGACAGACUGCAACACACGAAGAUGGAUGCUAGCCUUACAUCAAACUUUGAUCUGCCAGCUCAAACAGACAUUGCAUUUAUGCAGUACACAUCGGGGAGCACAGGAAUGCCCAAGGCUGUGAUGGUAUCCUACCAGAACUUGUCUCACCAGGUCAGCUUGAUUCACUACCAUUGUGAUAUGGCUUUUUGGCCUGACUGGGAAGAACGCAUUGGCUUCUCUUGGUUGCCACAGUACCAUGACAUGGGGCUUCUCAUGAAGAACCUAGCCCCCUAUGCAGCUGGUUCUCGAAUGCACAUGAUGUCUCCAAUUUCAUUCAUCAGGAACCCCGUUCGUUGGGUUGAGCUCAUGUCAAAACACAAGGUCCACUGGUGCAUGGCCCCUGACUUUUCGUUUCGUUUGGUGGCAAGGAAGUAUCGUGAACACAAGAACCCGCCGGCUUUGGACCUGUCUGGACUUUCUGGUCUGGGAUCUGCGGCAGAACCUGUUCAACCUGACACCAAAGCGAUGUUUGAAUCGGUAUUUCAGGAGCAUGGCCUCCCUGAAGACUGGUAUGGAUCUGCCUAUGGAAUGGCAGAGCAUGUUGCGGCUAUCACCAGCAGACGUGGCUAUGUUCUUUCCAAGCCACGACCAGAAGACAAUGGAAAGCAGUAUGUCUCCAACGGGAUAGUUUCCACUCAUGAGAAGCAUGUGUCUUUGAAGAUUGUUGAUCCAUCCACCUGCCAAGAAGUGGAUGAUGGUAGUACUGGCGAAGUUUGGGUGGCAAGUGAUGGUGUAGUAGUGGGCUAUUUUGGGAAGGAGGAGUUGUCCAAGGAAACAUUUCAUGCACAGCUAAAAGGAGCCAACCCAAGUGUCACCUAUUUGCGGACUGGGGACCUCGGGUUCCUACAGGAUGGAAACUUUUUUGUUUGUGGUAGGAUCAAAGAUCUGUUGAUAAUCAAUGGAGCCAACUACUAUCCUCAGGAUAUUGAGUUUGUCACUCAAGCUGCCAGCAAAGAAGUGAAACCAGGUUGUGUUGCUGCAUUUGCUACCUCAGAGAUGAGUGAUGAAUCUUCUCUAGAAGUUGUUUUUGAGGUCCGAAGCGAUGCAGCCACCAAUGCUGAAACUGUGUGCGCAGCCGUAAGGGAUGCAAUUGUUCAACGAAUUGGUCUUGUCCCAUCUAAAGUUGUGGCUAUAUCACAGAAGAUACCAAAAACUACAAGUGGCAAAAUCCAACGCCGUGCAACCAGAACUGCUCUUCACAAAGGUGGACUUGAAAUUUUACACUGCCUUGAAUCAGGAAAGUCCCAGCCAUCCACCGCAAACAAGACUCAAGACACUCCUGGGCCCCCUCAAGGUGUCACAUCAAUGACUGAUGAAGAAUACCAUCAAGCCAUUGGGUCAGUCUUUGCAUCCACACUAGGCCAUGGGGUUGAUGAAACCAUGAGUUGGGAAGAUCUAGGCCUUUCCUCAAUGGCAGCUGUGGAGCUCCAGAAUCUCUGUUCGGAACAACUUCUUUGCACCUUGCCUCCUACCUUCCAGGAUAUUUACCCAACUCCAACAGCACUACGGUCGCACCUCAUUGAGUCACGAGGGCACAUAAGCUUUCCAUCACUUCCGUCUUCCUCUUCCAGCAAAGACAAACCACUGAGUGACCUGAGUUGGUACACCCAAGCAAUUCUCCAAGGACUUGGAAUAGUGGUCCUCCUCUUGACAAUCUCAUUCACCUUUGUGCCAGCCUACCAGGUAGGAAAAGCACUAUCUUCAACAGAUGAACUCAAUGAGACUCUUGAUCAAGGGACUCGCUGGCAGUGGUUGCCCUUGGUGGUUCCAUUUUGGAUGCUGAGCUUCUCGGCAACAGUCAUCCUUUGCAAGUGGCUUGUUAUUGGCCGUUACCAAGAAAUAGAUAUUGCAAUCCCCUCAACUUACUAUGCACGCUGGUGGUUUGUGGACAGAUUGGUUCAUACUUGGGAGACCUGGAUUGGCAGCUUCUUAAAGGAUACUCCUCUUCUGUGGCUCUUUUACGUCCUCUUAGGAGCAAAGAUCCACCCAAGCGUCCAGGUGAAGGCUUUUGUCCGUGAGUUUGACCUGGUGGGGGUUGGUGCCCACAGCAGUAUUGAGCAUGACAUCAACUGCCGCCGAUUCCGUCCUUGGCUAUCAGAAGGUGAAUUAUACCUUUCCUUCCGCCCUAUUUCCAUUGGCAACAGCUGCAAAGUUCAAGGAUUGGUUGGUCUUGGGUCCAAGCUUGGCAACCACUGUGUUGUAGAGAGGCUUGCUGCGAUAGCCGAAGGAUCCCAAGUGCCAGACAAUACUUUGGUUGAAGGAAGUCCAGCAUAUGGCAGUCCCUUGCCAUCCAAGGAUAAUGACAAGCCCCUCCGAAGCAACCAAAAGCUCUGCCUUGCUGCCUUCCUGAAAAUAGCAUGGCAGAUGCUGGAGUUGUACUUUUUUGCUGCAUCUAUCUUCUUCUGCACCUGGAUUCUUGCCGGAAGGCUUCCUACGGACUUUCGAUACACGCCACUCCUCUUUUGGAUCCUUGUGCUGCUCUUGCAGACAUUGCUUUCCAUGGCAUGUACAGUCUUCUUGAAAUGGGCUUUGAUUGGAAAGGUCCAACCGGGGCCUGUGCAGUCCACACUGAUGUUGGAAAUGAGAGACUGGUUUGUGGAUUAUCGGUACAUGGUGACUCUGCAUAUAGUUGCCACAGUCUGGAGCAACUCCAAGAUCACCAAUCUAUACCUCAAAGCCCUUGGGAUGGACCUAGAUUGGAAGUCACAUGUUUUUGCAAGCUAUUUCUGCCCUUCCCAAGUUGAUUUGAUCACCGUGAAGAACUCUUUCAUUUCUGCAGCAUCCUUCCAACCCGCUCAAGAUGGAAGACUUGAUCGUAUUGAAGUUGUGAACAGCAGUCUUGGAAGGGGUGCUGUUCUAAAGGGGGGAGUCAAAGUGGACUCAACCAGAACAUUGCCUCAUUCAGUUGUCACUGGUGAUAUGAUGGGAACCGAAUGUCACAGCCUCAUGUCAACAGCAACUGCUGUGGCCACAGAAGUGUGCUACAUUGUCAUGCUGGGAGCAGUGUUUGUUAGCGCCAUUCCUGCAUAUGAAGUCUUCACAGCCAGCAUUUGGGGAAGCGGAGUGGGCCUUGGCUUUUCUGUGGUGAAGUUUGCCCUUGCCAUGCUUGUCCAAACCUUGACCUGGCUCGUCAUGUAUUGGGCAUUGCAACACGUGCUCUUUAUCACGGAUGGGAAAAUCGAAAGCUCAUCUUUGUAUGCAAUCUACCUGACCAUUUCCUACAACUUCAUGUGGGUCACAUCAUUGCUCCACUUGGCCUGUGGAACUCCCUUCAUCAAUGAAUGUAUCAGGUUCAUGGGAGCCAAGGUGGAAGGUCGUUUGAUCUUCUUUGCAGAUGAACUGUAUGAUGCUCCACAUGUGACUUUCUCUGACAAAGUUGUGGUGGAUCGCUGUGCAGUGACAGCACAUUCUGUUGUCUUUGACAAGCUGGUUGUUGGGCCUGUGCAUGUUGCAGGCAUUGUGCACCAGGGCACCCUCCUUGUGGCUCGAACAGAUAUGACAGGUCAGGUGGAAACUGGUCCUAAUCGAUUCUUUGUCUCCAAAGGCACUGUUCGUCAUGAAAGAGGGUACCCCACUAGUUUGGAGAUCAGUGAUGGAGAUACAGUGCUGGAAAUGAGAAAACAGGCUGCUGCUGACCACCCUAUAUUUGAUACAGUCCUCAAGCCCAGUGAUGAGAUCCUCCCUUCCGACCUACCUCACAUUGACACAGUAUUUGAGGUGUAAUCCAUGUUGUUUAUGUUUUUGAAAAUUUGUAGCAGGUCUGAACUCGAUCCACAGGCAAGGAAACUUUCCCUGUCUCGUACCGUGAGGCCAAGCUAGCUAUAUCGGAGAACUAUCCUCAAGUUUUAUCCACCCAAUAUAUUGCCAACGAACCAUCACGGGCGGCAAAUGCUGCAUUGUCUGCUUGUUGUCGCGUUAGUCUGAACUCCCAUGGAACUGGCUGGAAUAACCAUGUACAUAUGCACCUUUCGAGAAAG